CCUUGUCUAAAGCAGCCUGCAUAUCCUCAUUAACAGAGAGAUCAUGACAAGCAUAUCCUCCAGUUGAACCAUGGUCCAACAGACAUGAAUAUCGUAUUUUAAUAUUUGAUAGAGAUGGUCUGGACCAUGGUCAUUCGGUUUUCACUUAUUAUGGAUCUUUGCAUGGACUGUUAUGGCAGCUGUGUGGGGCAGGAGUUAUUGCGCGAUCAAGGAGAAGAGACUAUCCAAUGGAGGCCGGAGGGAUUUCCCUUAGUUCUGGAUCAGAUGGGAUAGGGAGAAAAAUAUCUUACUCUUAUGAUCCAGAUGUGGGAACUUAUUACUCUGGACAUGGGAAUGCUAGGAAGCCUCACCUCAUACGAUUGACACACUCUCUUUUUGUUGCAUAUGGUUUGUACAAGGAAAUGGAAGUUGUUAGGCCCUGUCAUGCAGGAGAUAGAGAUCUAACAAAGUUACAUGCAUUUUUGAGUGGAAUAGCUCCAGAGACAGUGCAGGACCAAGCCCAAGCAUUGGAACGGUUUAAUGUUGGAGGUAACUGUCCAGCUUUUAAUGGGUUGUAUCGAUACUGUCAAACAUAUGCCAGUGGCUCUAUUGGCUGUGCCGCGAGACUUAAUUUCAAACUAUGUGACAUUGCCAGAGGUCAUAGUCAUGCUAAAAAAUGUGAGGCAUCUGGAUUUUGCUAUGUAAAUGACAUUUUUCUGUCCAUUCUGGAGCUAUUGAAAUAUCAGAAGAGUGUUUUGUAUGUUGAUAUUGACGUUCACCAUGGUGAUGGAGUCGAGAAGGCCUUUUACACAACUGAUAGGGUCACGACUGUCUCUCUACACAAAUUUGGAGACUACUUCCCUGGUUCAGGUCAUAUCCAAAACAUUGGAUAUGGGAAAGGAAAAUAUUAUGCCCUUAAUGUUCCCUUGAAUGAUGGAAUUGACGAUGAAAAUUUAAAGUCUAUAUUUAAAUCCAUUCUUCAACAAGUGAUGAUUGUCUAUGAUCCUGAGGCAGUUGUACUUCAGUGUGGAGCUAAUUCCUUGGCUGGAGACAGACUAGGCUAUUUUAAGCUUUCUGUGAAAGGGCAUGCAGAAUGUAUACUACGAUACAUGAGGUCGUUCAAUGUUCCACGUUUGCUCUUGGGUGGUGGUGGAUUCACAAUCCGUAAUGUUGCUAAAUGCUGGUGUUAUGAGUCAAGAGUUGCAGUUGGUAAAGAGAUUGAUGAGAAAAUAUGCCAGCAUGAUUGUUAUGAGUAUUAUGGACCACAUUAUAGUAAUAAUGUGGCUCCAAGAAUUGUGGAAAACAAAAACUCAAAACAGACGUGGGAUGAAGUUAGGUCCAAAGUUCUUGAGAAUAUUAAUAAAAUGCUAUGUGCGCCAAGUGUCCAAUUUCAAGAGCGCCCUCCAGAUACUGAUUUCCCUGAGCCGGCAGAAGAUGAUUAUGAUGCGGGCCGUAGAAGUAGUAAAUGGGUCGGAGCAAGUCCAGAGAAUGGUUACUGAACUUAUCUCAUUUGUAUGUACACAAAUUCUACUAAAAUGGUUACUAUGCUGGAAAACAUAUCUGGAUAGGCACCAAAAAGAAGUAUUGUGUACGCAAAAAGUUCUACCAUCCAUUUAAAGUGAAGAAGAACUUAUUUCAAUGCUACCAUCAGAAAGACUGUUUCUGUAUCCAAUAUGUUAACACCCCAGAUUACUUUUUGACUCUUGAUA